GGAUUCGCGCGCCGGCCCUGGCUAGUCUGGGUGUGGGCGGCUUUUGGAGAAAGCCGGAAGCAGCGACAGCCCCAGCUCCAGAGACAUGGCGGGCGUUAAAGCUCUCGUGGCGCUCUCCUUCAGUGGGGCAAUUGGGCUGACUUUUCUUAUGCUGGGAUGUGCCUUGGAGGACUAUGGCGUUUACUGGCCCCUGUUCGUCUUGAUUUUCUACGUCAUCUCUCCCAUCCCCUACUUCAUUGCCAAAAGGGUCACAUAUGACUCCGAUGCGACCAGCAGUGCCUGUCGGGAACUGGCGUAUUUCUUCACCACUGGGAUUGUUGUUUCUGCCUUUGGACUUCCUGUUAUUCUUGCUCGUGUGAAUGUGAUCAAGUGGGGAGCCUGUGGUCUUGUGUUGGCCGGCAACGCUGUCAUUUUCCUCACAAUUCAAGGCUUCUUCCUCGUCUUUGGAAGAGGAGAUGAUUUCAGUUGGGAACAGUGGUAGCCCCUCCUCCCCAUGGAAAGCAUUGAGUCUUAGAAUUUGUAUUGUACGUAUAUGUGUGCACAUGUGUUUCAGAUUUGAAUAUGCUGAGUUUUUUUAUACCUUUAUAUCAUGAUCAUCUUAGGGAAGAUGUUGUAAACAAAAGAUGAAUUUCACUCCUGGCACACAGGUCACUCCAUUGACUCAAAGUGAAUUAUUUUUAUCUUCUAGCUUCCAGAAAGCCUGUUACUAUGGCCUUGUAGACAGCUGCUCACUUAUCCAGGGGGUCUAAACCUUUUGCCUUGGGAUAUGCUUAGGAGACACUGGGGCAGAUCUCCUACAGCCCAAACAUAGGUGGUGCUCUCCCUGUACACUUAGACUCAUCUCAGAGGAAGUCUCAUCCACACAGAGCAUCAGCAUCUGCUAGGAGCCUACUGGGGAUGCGGGAUCAGAAGCUCUCAUCAGACUGGGUACCUUUGAUGAGAUUGCACACUUGGCACAUGCAUAUUGACGGGUGAGAAGGUUUGUUGUAGAGGAAUAAGCAUCAUAGCUCCCCUGCCCUCUCAGGGUGUUGCAUGCUCAUUUGCAGAGAAAAAAAAAAAAAAAAUCACCUGCCCCGUGCUGUGAAUGAGUUGAGACUUUAGGUGUUUCUAACAUGUUCGAGUCUAUAAUACUUGUGUUGUUCCUCAAAUUUGGGGGACCUGUUCUUAGGCAGGAACAGAUAAGUCCUAACGUCAUCCAAAAGGCAGUGACUGAUGGCUCAGAAUAAGAUACAGAAUAACCAAAAAACCCCUCUGGGGUGCAAGGAGGGAAACUUGGCUGGAAUGGUCCCUGCUUUAAGUGGAGGGCAGGUUAGACAGUUCUUGGAAAUGUCCCUUCAAGAGCCUGUGCUUCCCUGUCCUGCUAUGGUGCCUCCCAUCCCCCAUGCAGCAUUUGGUUUGCUCUUGGUGGUGGGUCUCCUGAAGGGUAUGAGGCAAGAGUGAGCAGAGGGGAGGGAGUCACUGAAGUUACACGCUGGUGCACUUUUCAUCCUUGAUAUUGAACUUGAUGCCACCUCCCCAGGAAACACAGGGAUCCACAUCAUUUUGGUUCUUAUAAACAGUUUUUCUAGCUCAUCUUUUUUAUCUGGAGCCUACUGGGAGAAGGAAGUGAGAACUACAAACACCUAAUCAGGAUGCCAUCAGUGGUGUUUAAGCGUUGAUGCUGCUCACUAAUGAGUGUUCAGAGCACUCUCCCUUGAGGCUUGUGGUCCAAGGAAUCAGCAUCCGGGCCAGGGCUGGUGUGACGCUGGGACCAGCAGGUGAACGGACAGAGGACAGUGUGCAAUGUUAUAUUUUGGCCUUGUGCAUGACAUUAUGUUUUGAAUAUUUUGUGUACAAAUAGAAUUGUUAGCGUUGUCAUUUCUAGUAUUUACAUUAGAAAAAUUAUUUAGAUACUUGAUCAUUUAACUGGCAUUUUUAAUCAUGACACUUGCUAUUGUAAUAAAUUUGACUUUUAACACUGAA